AGCAAAAUGAAGUGGAGCGAGUGUCAACCAAAUCCAAGUUAAGCAAACGUCAUGAAUAAAAGGUUGCACAAUUUCAUGGUUGGGCUUGGAUUAUUGGGCUUGGAGUGUCUCAUCUCAUCGUUCUGUUCUGGAGCCUGAUUUUGCAACUCAACUCUGUCACUCAUGCUUUGUGGCUAUUGUUAUCGUCUACACUUAAUUUUUCUGGACCGGAGAUCCCUUUUCAUAUCAAUUUAUAUUUAUAUUUCCUUUGCAAUUUUAGGGCUAGGGUUUCUUAAACCCUAAAAUCAGACCUAACUUCUCAAAUUGCAUUUUUUUUCUCCCGAGUGAAGAUCCUUUUUUCAUAUCAAUUUAUUUAUUUCCUCUGCAACUUUAGGGUUUCUUAAACCCCUAAAAUCACUAUGCUAAAUUCCAGAUUAGCCAGAGUCGGAGCUUCGAUCGCCAAACACCUCUACACAAGGAAUUGUUCAUCCAUGUGUAGAGUAGGAUAUAUUCGAAGCGCCAGAUAUAAUUACCUGCAACCUCCGUUUCAACAGCAUUCAUUUACUAAGUUAUACAAGGGUGCCAUGAUUGAAAAGCAUCAUUUCCUUUCAACAAUGACUACUAACAACACUACUGAGGACAGGAGUGAACAGAAAGAAACGAUAUCUGUAACUUUUAUUGAUAAGGAUGGUGAAGAACAGCAUAUCAGAGUUCCUGUUGGAAUGUCUAUGUUAGAAGCUGCUCAUGAAAAUGACAUUGAACUAGAAGGAGCAUGCGAGGGCUCGCUUGCGUGUUCAACUUGCCAUGUUAUAAUCAUGGACGUAGAACAUUACAAUAAAUUGGAAGAUCCAACUGAUGAGGAAAACGACAUGUUGGAUCUAGCUUUUGGACUUACUGAAACAUCACGUCUGGGUUGUCAAGUGAUUGCAAAACCUGAACUUGAAAAUUCGAUUGGCCAUCCCUGCUGCCACUCGGAACUUCGCUGUUGAUGGUUAUGUGCCGAAACCACACUAGUAAUGACCCAUUUAUUUUGGGGUUCAAUGCAGAGAGUGCAACUUUCUCAGUUUUGUAGUCAUUGAUUUUGAUAAAUGAUGAUCACAUAGGCAUUAUUUUUGUAUUUUUUUCGUGUUCACGGAGCACCUUUAUCAAAUUAGAGAGAUCAUGGUGUAAUUUUCGACGGGCUACAUUUUGGACGCCAAUAAAUUGUACUGUAUUAAUUUAUUGUACCAGUAAGGAGGGCAAGCCACAAUAGCAUGGUUUGCAUAUUUAAAUUUUUUGUUCGACAUUUGGUCGGGUUUUAAUCGGAAUUAAUCCGAAAAUAUUAAUAUAAACCAUCAUUCUUGCCAUAUA